AUGGCCUCCAAGACAUGCGUCGAUCCCUCCACACUUUCGGGCAUCUCUACGGGCUUCGACUCACUGAACGACUCCCUCAAGGACUCUCUACAGGACUCUCCGAACGACUUUGACGACGCCCCCGUGGCUUUUACCGACACGCUGGACGACAACCCUCUGUUCGCUGCUGAUUGGGAGCAGCAGGAAACUCCUCCCUACGAAGGCAACCUAUACUCGACUCCCUUGAGUUGGGAUCCGCCUGAGCCACCAAAGUUCGAGCCAAUUCCUCCCGCGCAAACUUACAUGACGAUGGAUACCCUUACGCCGGCCCAGCAAGAAAAACUACGCAACAUCGCCAUGCCGCAACACCUCCGCUACCAAGGGGCCAGCAGCCACAGCCCGGAAUCGACUCCAAGCUACAAAAGCCCCUCAAUAUCCUCCCCUGAGACGAACGACAACAGCCGCAAACGCAAAUCCUCCGUGUCGGCAGAUGAUGAAGACGAAGAUGGGGCUGCGAAGCACCCUCCAGUCAAGAAAACAGCGCAUAAUAUGAUCGAGAAACGUUACCGAACAAACCUAAAUGACAAGAUUGCUGCGUUGCGCGACAGUGUACCAAGUCUCCGGAUCAUGACCAAGAGUGCCCGAGGGGAAGAUACGGCCGAUGACAGGGAAGAGCUACAAGGCUUAACUCCUGCCCAUAAGCUGAAUAAGGCCACUGUCCUAAGUAAAGCGACUGAAUACAUUAACCAUCUAGAGAAGCGCAACAAGCGACUUCAGGAAGAGAAUAUGGUGCAGAAGGCCCGUCUCGCUGCGUUUGAAACGCUAUUUCGCUCUGGCUCAAUGGGGUUCACACCUGCACCCCCGAUAACAAACCCCUUUCAGUAUCCGCGCGACUACCAAACUCCAGGCCGUUCCGGAGCCGUCGAUCCUCAAGGAAUGAUCCGAGUGCCGGAAUCUAUGCGACGACUUCACGGUCAAUCAAGUCAACAAACGUACCCAGUCGCUCAAGAACAAUUCCAGCAACAACGCCAGCCCGUUGGUCCCAAUGGAUGGCAGAACGGAGGCGGCUACUUUGGCAGGUUGAUGGUUGGAUCGUUGGCUGGGUUAAUGAUUAUGGAAGGUUUCAGCGAGACGGAGCAAAGCGCCGAUACCCCAUCUGGCCGUGGUCUCUUUAGUCUGCCAGUCCAAAUGCUCCGGAGUCUAUCCCAAGCCGCGCAUUCCUCGUUCGACAUCAGCGUCUUGGGUUACCAUGUUCCCGCAGCCCAAACGCUAACAUAUAUCAAGCUAUUUCUAGCUUUGGGCGCUCUGCUCUAUGUGUUCUUACCUUCAUUAUUUGCACCAACCCCCAAACCAAAGGACAAUAAGGCCCAGGGCACAUCCUUAGCUGCAGUCCCAUCCCUAGCGUCGUCCAUUCAGGUCCGCAGACGGGCUUGGCUUACCGCGGUCCAAACUGUCUGGGUUCCUCGUCACAACUUCUUUCUGGAGGCAGCAGCGCUCUGCCUGAAGAUAGCCAAAUUGGGCAUGCGCAACGUAAUCGGGCCCAGUAGCUAUACCUAUCUUACAGGGAUAACCCCACAGCAAGAAGCUGCGCGAGUCAAAGCAUGGGAGAUUGCGCUUGAUGCUCAAUUAGCUGGUGGAGAUGUUGAUGUGAGUAAGAGUCGACUAACAUUGACAUUACUUGCCUCUGGCACAUUACCAGAUACGCCAGCUCGUCUCAUGCUAAAGGCUUUGCACAUCCGUGUCCUUCUCUGGGAAGUUGGCAAGGCCGGGUUCAAUGGGUUUUCUAUGUUCCAUGAAGUUGCAGCAAAGCUGGCUCGAUGGAAAUGGAACGAAGCGAAGCAGCUGAAGCAGUUGAUGGCCCACACCAGAGAUAAGCAAGAGAUUGAGUUUCCAGAGUAUCUAGCAGCUCUCCUGGAGGAAGAAUGCGAUGAUGUCCUGACGGAUGGCAUCGUUCAACGUGCAUACAACCUUGCAUGGCACCUGCCAACGGUACGCAAUGUUCAGGGGCCGAGAGACGGUAUGGAUGGUGUUAUAGAUGACUUUGCGAUUCGCAGCCCUCUUGACGGUCUCGCGGCAUGGUACUCGAGUAUGGUUCUACAACGAAUUCUUACUAGGAGCCUCGACACCAAAGACGAUGCUGAGAGCCAAAAUUCUAUUGUGUCCGAUAUUGCGCUAGCCAUUAAGGUGGCACCUACUGGAUCACGAGCUCAAAUUCGAGCACUGGUAGCUCGUGCCGUCUUGGUUAAGGAAAAGCGUGGCGCCAAUAUUGCAUCUGCUCUCCAAGCCCUUGGUCCUUUUGAACCCGAAGACGAAAAUGAGACGUCGCCAACACUUAUCAACACGAGUACCUGUACUACCAAUCUUCCUGAUGUCAAUAUGUCGCUCCGUUGUGCUAUGGCCAUUGCACACCUUGACCGCUUUCCCUCGCCACAAAACCCUGUCGCGGCACACCGCAUCAUUCAGAGCGUCGUGCCUACAAAUCUAACUCUACUCGGCUUCACUGCCGCGUUCAACCUUAUGGAGAGAAUCCAUAAGCAUGAACAGGUGGCUUUGAGCUGUAGUAGCCAACUUGAGAAACUGGCAGGCAACCUUCGGAUUUGGAUUGGAGGCCCGGAUAGUGAGGAGAGCGGCCUAGACAAGGAGUCCAAGCGAAAGAUGGUCGCGCGGUGCUUAAGUAUCACCAAACACAUUAUCGGCAUGGGGGAAGAUGCCGGCUACGAGAGCAUGAGCGAGGAAGAUAUAAGUGAUGGUUGUUGA